AUGACAACUACAACAUACGUAGCUGACAGCGGUAUUGCCUUGUCAUCAACUUACAAUGUAAUCCGUGAAGAGAACUUACAUGACAGAGGUAAAUCACCGUAUGAUGUAAUCCUCACUGAGGACCUUUCCGAUAUCGGUAGUGGAGUGUAUGACGUAGCACGUAAGGAGAACAUGAAUGACUCAGCAGACGCCACACGAUCUCCUUACGUUGUGGUCAGUAGCGAGUACUUACCGCCACCUGGCUACGAAUCAGUCAUGGCUAAAACGUCACCCAUUUCACUAUUACCCCCUCCUAUGAUCCGAGAGAGCAGUGAAGCUCCGUCUCUUCCUGCCCCAUACAACUCCGGAGUGGAUACUCUUUUAGAGAGUGUCGUUAACAGGUCGGUUCAGAAUGAAAUUGUGGUAACAAAGGACGAAUCAAGGCAAGGAGAUGUAUUUUCAAAUGAGAAAUGUGCGGAUAAGACAAAAGACGAUACUGAUGACGACGGACAAGAGGAAAAGGUUGUUGUUGAGCAUCCGUAUGUGAUGGUCAAAGCAGAGCCAGGUGCCAACUCAGAUGAUCCCACGAGGGUCGUGUACGCUCAGGUGAACAAGAAGAAACAGAAGCUUGUCUGUCUUACUGGGUCAGCUGCAGCUGGUAUUGCAGAGCCAAUCAGCAUGCUUCUGUGGAUUCUUGUGACCGUAUUCAGCCCACUGCAAGUACAUAGCCCUAGCUGAACAAUCUGUCAUCAUGAUUGUAAUCAAAUUUUUCAACUUCCCCUCACUGGAUGCAAUAGCCCCUGUAAACCGUGUAUUUUUUCUAUAGCUAUUGUUUCAUAAUUUUACUCGUUUGUGUGAAUUUGCAUUGCUUUCUUGUAAAAUCAAUAAC